AUGACUCCUCUGGUGUUUGCUGGCUGUGUGACAUGUCUGCUGCUGGGUACAGUGGCUUUUUCUUGGGCUCAGAAACCGUCUUCAUCUUUACACUUUGAAACAGUUCUUGUUGGAGAGGAAGUGACUUUAAAAUGUUUAUAUCAAGGGACUCUGGCAGAUUUCUUCUUCUGGUAUAAACACCCUUUGGGACAAAAACCACAACUCAUGUCUACGUUUUUUACGCAUAAGAACAAUGGGUAUUUUGAGAAUCCUUUCAAGAACGAUCCACGGUUUGAACUGGAGACAGAAGAAGACAAAUAUCAUUUGAAGAUCUCAAAUAUGGAAAUGUCAGACUCUGCUACUUACUACUGCAUCAGCUCUUUUUCUUUCAGGUUUACAUUUUUGGAAGGUUUUAGUCUCCAUGUGAAGAACUCUUCUUCUUACAUCCAGACUUCAGUGGAUCAGUCGUCCUCUGAGAACAUCCAUGCAGGAGACUCUGUGACUCUGAACUGUACAGUACACACUGGGAGCUGUGAUGGAGAACACAGAGUUUACUGGUUCAAAGACUCUGAAGACUCUCAUCCAGGACUCAUUUACACUGAUGGAGGCAGGAAUGAUCAGUGUGAGAGAAAGAAGAACACACAAACUCACAGUUGUGUCUAUGAGCUGCCCUUGAAGAACCUGACUGAGUCUCAUUCUGGGAUCUACUACUGUGCUGUUGUCUCAUGUGGACACAUACUGUUUGGAAAUGGGACCAAACUGCAACUCAUGGGUAAGAAUGUUUUAUAAAGUGACUAAAUUAAUAAAAAAUGUUGAAUUUGUUUUACAUUUUUGCUAAUUUUUGUUAAUGUUUUCUUAUAAUUUGUCUCAGCACAGGAAAUGAGUUUUCCUCCAUUUGUGUAUUUCCUAAAUGGAGUUCUGACAGCUUCACUGAUCUUCCUCACAUCUUACAUAAUACACACGACAAAGAGCUGCAACUCCAAGGGUGAGUG